AUGGCGGCGAUGGCUCUGGGACCCGUAGAGGCCGCCGCGGCCGCUCAUGCCCUGUCCCUGCCGGCUGAGGCCUUCGGUAAUGAUCCCCGCGUGGAGCUGGCCUGGGCCAUGAAGGCUCACCAGCACGCCCAGGUCUACUUCAAUCUCAUCUCCUCUGUGGACCCCAAAUUCCUCAAGCUCACCAAAGUCGAUGACCAAAUCUACAGCGAGUUCAGGGAGACCUUCAGGGAUCUCAAAAUCGAUGUGCUUGACCCAGAAGACCUCAAAUCAGAGCCUGCCAAGGAGAAAUGGAGACCCUUCUGCCUGCGCUUCAAGGGGCUGGUGGAGGACUUCAACUAUGGCACCCUGCUGAGGCUGGACUGCAGCAAGGACUACACUGAGGAGAACACCAUCUUUGCCACCAGAAUCCAGUUUUUUGCCAUCGAAAUCGCUCGGAACAGGGAGGGCUGCAACAGCCUCGUCUACAGCAGUGCCAGGGCUCCAGCUGCAGAAGUGGCAUCAGGCUGAGGAUGGCACAGAGUCACCUGGCACCGACACGAGGAGUGGCAGCAAGGUCCCUGCCUGGGCUUGGGUAGCUGUUUGGAGGGGCAGAGCUGAGCUGUAGCUGCCCUCCCUGUGCUGCCCAGCUUGAGACUGUAAAUAAAGGUUGGUUUUGU